GGAACUUACUCAAAUAUGGCACAUUUUCAACUCGGUGACGAACCGUACAACGCUGAUGGGUGGGGCCCACCGGAUUCUCCAAAUACGACGUCAUCCUUUUCAAUUUCAAUCCCAACCCAAAUCUCUAACAUCCCUUUUGCCCCAUUUUCCCGUUCCGACAAACUCGGCCGGAUCGCCGAUUGGACCCGUAACCCGACCCGACCCGGAUCCAGUAUCAAACAAAACCCUUCCGACUCCGCCUUCGAUUUCUCCGGCGACGACUCUUUCACUGCCGGCGAUGAUGAUUCAUCAUUCCGACUCGUCGAUAAUUCAACCAGUAGGCCCCACCAUCACCAAGGGCAAAAUCGUCCUAAGUUUAACCCACGGUGGCGGUUCAACCCGAACCACCACCGUACUCACCUUCCCCAGCGCCGCGAUGAGGAGGUUGAAGCACGUAAACGCGACGCCGAGAAGGAACGCGCUCGCCGUGAUCGGCUUUACAAUCUGAAUCGUUCUAGUAAACGCCAAUGCCCGGCGGGUUUCAAAUCCUCCGUUGAUAUUCAACCGGAGUGGAACAUGCUUGAUCAAAUUCCUUUUUCGACUUUCUCGAAGCUUUCCUUCCCGAUAUCCGAGCCUGAAGACCUGCUAAUUUGCGGGGGACUUGAAUUCUACGAUCGCACGUGCGAUCGUAUCUCUCCGAAGAACGAACGCCGUCUUGAGAGGUUUAAGAAUCGGAAUUUCUUCAAAGUCACCACUACUGAUGAUCCCGUUAUUCGGCGUUUAGCUAAUGAAGAUAAAGCUACGAUUUUCGCAACAGAUGCGGUGUUAGCUGCGUUAAUGUGUGCUUCGAGAUCAGUUUACUCAUGGGAUAUUGUGAUUCAGCGUGUUGGGAACAAGUUGUUCUUCGAUAAACGCGAUGGAUCGCAGCUGGAUUUGAUUUCUGUGCACGAGACGUCGCAGGAACCGUUGCCUGAUGUGAAGGAUGAUAUAAAUUCAGCGUACUCGUUGAGCGUUGAAGCGGCUUAUAUAAACCAGAAUUUCUCUCAGCAGGUGUUGAUAAGGGAUGGAAAUAAACUUAGUUAUGAUGAGGGUAAUCCAUUUGCAACGGAAGGAGAUGAAGUGGCGUCAGCGGCAUAUAGAUACAGGAGGUGGAAAUUGGAUACUGAUGUGUAUUUGGUGGCGCGAUGUGAAGUGCAGAGUGUGGUGGAACUGAACAAUAAGAGAUCGUUUUUGACACUAAAUGCGUUGAAUGAGUUUGAUCCGAAGUACACAGGAGUCGAUUGGAGACAGAAGUUGGAGACCCAAAGGGGUGCGGUUUUAGCGACUGAGUUGAAGAAUAAUGCGAAUAAAUUAGCAAAAUGGACUACACAAGCUUUGUUAGCUAACGCGGAUAUGAUGAAGUUGGGUUACGUCUCAAGAGUUCAUCCUAGGGAUCACUUUAACCAUGUUAUAUUAGCCGUUGUAGGAUACAAGCCCAAAGACUUCGCAUCACAGAUUAAUUUGAAUACAUCCAAUAUGUGGGGCAUUGUGAAAAGUAUCGUGGACUUGUGUCUGAAGUUGAAGGAAGGGAAGUACGUACUCGUUAAGGACCCAACCAAGCCACAGGUGAGAAUUUAUGAGGUUCCUCCAGAUGCAUUUGAAAAUGAUUACGUGGAGGAGCCUUUGCCAGAAGAUGAACAGGUUCAGCCUCCUGCAGAGAAUUUAGAAGGAGGAGAGGCAGAUGGAUCUGUGAAUGAAGUAGAGGACAAACCGACUAGCGGUGAAGCUGCAUAAGAGGGUAAUAAUUUCAUUUAAGUUACAUCAAUAAACAAUGUUUCAGUCUUAUGUUCCUUAGCAUCAAUAAGGUUUUUAUGCCCUUGUAGAGCUUAAUAUAAUUACUUUGAUUACAUCAGUUUCUUUUUAAUGUAUUUCACAUCCAAUAACAAUGACUCAAAUUGCAUUAGUUCGUUGUCUUAUGAAUGAUUUACUCUUGAAACAGUGAUAUUCGUAAAUAACUUUAGUUUUUAUCA